AAUCAAGUCCCUUUUUGACAUCCGUCGAAACGUCAAUGUCAAUUGAUACAAAUCGCAAAUUACGAUACUUUGCGAAUUUUAGUGUAAGAAAUUCUAAUUAAUAAUUAGCAUUACAAGUAACUUAAAAAGUCGUAAUGACAAUUCACAAUAUGUAUAUUUUUGACCGGUAUGGUACACUAUUGUAUUACGGAGAAUGGAACAGAACAAAACAAUCCGGAAUGUCCAGGGAAGAAGAAGGUAAAUUGAUGUAUGGCAUGCUGUUCUCAAUAAAAUCAUUUGUAGCAAAAAUAUCUCCAUUGGACCCAAAAGACGGCUUCUUGCAUUACAAGACUUCCAAGUACACCCUGCACUGUCUUGAGACUCCAUCUGGCUUGAAAUUUGUAAUGAACACAGACAACCAGGCACAAGGAGUCCGAGAUCUACUUAAAAAGAUUUAUGCAGAAGUUUAUGUCAAAUAUGCUAUUAGGAAUCCGUUAUGUGCUAGUGGUGAACCUAUUAUUAGUGACUUAUUUAAAAAUAAACUGGAUACAUUCAUCAAACAAGCACCUAUACAUACUGUGAGGGCUUCAUAAAUUUUGAUAAGUAAAAUGUAAAUAUAUUUUAGGUCUUAUAUUUUUUUGUAUGUUAUCAAACCAUGAUUUUUAUUUAUUCCAUAGUAUAUAAUAAAAUAAUUGUAAAUUUAAGUACUUAUGUGAAGUGUUUUUAUCGUCCUUAUUUAAACCAUAGCUCAUAGUCUCUACACACAUUGAAAUGUACUAAUAGUUGGCCUCUUUCAAUAUAAACAUGUAACAAUGUAUUGUAGUA